AACCCAGGUCACAGAUUCAGAAAGUUUAAUUAGUUUAAAUGAAAACAGUUUAAUUAGUUAUGUUUCAAAAUCUGCAGCUAUAUAAGAGCCACACAUCCACACAGAGCUUCAGAGCGACACAAACCUUCACAGCGAGUAACAGCGAGUUUCCAGCGAUUUAAUCUUCUCCUUCGUAGUAAAAUGAACUCAAACUCCACAAUGACCUCACUGUAUGUGGGUGAUCUGCACCCUGAUGUCACCGAGAUGAUGUUGGUGGAGAUGGUGAGCCGUGCAGGAUCCGUUCACUCUGUCCACAUGUGCAGGGACAAGAAGACCUUCUCCUCACGCGGCGACACUUUCGUCAACUUUCUGCAUCGAGCUGAUGCUGAGCGAGCGCUGGAAAGCGUCCCAGCUGUUGAGACAGCUGCAGUUGGGGACAGCAGUCCAGUUGUGGUUCCAGUUUCAGCUGCAAAAGAACUUCCAGCUACAACUGAUGCAGUGCCUCCUACAGCUGUGUCACCUGUGAGUGAAGUUCAGCCAGACAAGGACGCAACAAAUGAGUUCCUCUGUGUCCAGGAUGGACCCACAUCACCAUCUGCUGGGAAAAGGCUGACCAUCUACAUGUUGGAAUCAUGUCCUGUAGAUGAACAAGUCCAGAUGGCGCAUGAUCACUUGUUGCCUCUUGUUGAGAAAAUCCACCCGAACUUGGCAAAUAAGAUCACCUGGAUGCUUGCAGGGAACCAGAACAAUUACGAAAUCAUGAAUAUGAUCAGCGAUCCUGAGCUCCUGUAUGCCAAAGUGGAUGAAAUGGACGCGAUCCUGAAGGCGAGGGAAGCUGGUCUCAAGCCGGAAGCCGUCAAGAUGCUGUUCGGUGACGAGAACAAGAAAAGAAGGAAGAAGAAGGAGUAUAGAUUUUAAAAAACACUGCACCCGUAAUGGAAAUUUCUAAUAAACACUCCAGAACGCUUAGGAGUCGUCUUUUCAGUUAUUUAUUACAGUAGAUCAUAUAAAAGAUAUAUAAAAUAGGAAAGGAAAGAGAAGAAUAGAAGAAGACACCACUUCUGAUGAUGCCGAGAGUACGCGCACUCUGAGUUGUGUUUUAGGAAUGUUAUCUAUUAUACUCUGAAAGCAUUCGCUCACUGCUUGUGUCGUCACGUGAUUGGCUGAAGAUUUUCUAUGAAGUUUUACUAAUGAGUGCACCUGGCGUGCUCUGGUAUGUGCAGGCAGAUGAGAGUUAGGGAGAGCUCAAGCUCCCUGCUUAUCACCACCGAGGUCAGGAAAGGUGAUUACAUCAUGAGAAGAUGCGUAGUUAGGACGAACUCAAGCACCCUGCUCAUUACCACCAAGGCCACAGAAAAGCGAUUACAGCAUGUGGAAAAACAUCUCUUCUCAGUAACUAAGCCACUUUAGUUCAACAUACAAAAACACAGAGAAUAAUAAUGUUCAUCCAUUAAAAUUCCCUCACACACCCAAUAUUGCAAGUCUUGUAAAGUGCUCUACAUCUUGAUUGUCAUUUUAUGAAGAAGUCUUUGUC